CCUUAAACGCCUCGUAAUCCAGCCCGGCCGCCGAGCACUCGUAGCCAUUUUGGUCGCACCUAAAUCAUCCCAUCGAGCUCCUCGUCCACUUUGGGCGGCCCGCCAUGGACCGAACCGAGCCGACGGCGAGGAUUUAUACCGUUGAACCAGUUUGAAUCCUGCCCGCCCGACGACAUACCGCCGCCGCCUGGCAUUGGAGGACAUGACUCGUCGCUGCUAGGCUGACUUGAGAGCGGAAAAAAAACCGGGGCGUUUUGGGUUUUUUUUUUUUUUGGAAGUGGUGACCGAGCAGCGCCUCCGUCAACGUUGUCCGAGUUCACUUCGCCCCGACGGGCCCCGGGACGACUGGUAUAACGAGCGUUUUGCUUUUUUUGCCCCUUGCGAGCAACUCCAAAGUGUUGCUUCACCACUUGGUCGGAGAUCCAUGCGACUGUGGCCCUCUUCCGCCGCCGCGGGAUCGAACGAGGUGUCACCGGAUCGCGGGCUGCUUGCCGUCGCUUGAAACAUCAUGUCCACCAAAAGCCCUUUGCCCACCGUCAACGAGAAGGCCACCGAGAGUCACACGUCCUCUCACGGCAAUGGCCGACAGGAAGUCAGCGGCAGUGGCGGCUCGCGCUCGUCCCGCUCGGGGUUGCGCUCGCGCAGCUCGGAAGAGCCGCAGCAGCCGCACGUGGGCAACUACCGCCUGCUCAAGACCAUCGGCAAGGGCAACUUCGCCAAGGUCAAGUUGGCUCGUCACAUCCUCACCGGCAGAGAGGUGGCCAUCAAAAUCAUUGACAAGACGCAGCUCAACCCCAACAGUCUUCAAAAGCUCUUCAGGGAAGUCCGAAUAAUGAAGAUCUUGAAUCAUCCCAACAUUGUCAAGCUGUUUGAGGUGAUCGAGACGGAGAGGACGCUCUACCUGGUCAUGGAGUACGCCAGCGGAGGGGAGGUCUUCGACUACCUGGUGGCGCAUGGAAGAAUGAAGGAGAAAGAAGCCAGAGCUAAAUUUCGACAGAUUGUGUCGGCGGUGCAGUACUGCCACCAGAAGCACAUCGUCCACCGAGACCUCAAGGCGGAGAACCUGCUGCUGGACGCCGACAUGAACAUCAAGAUCGCCGACUUUGGCUUCAGCAACGAGUUCACGCUGGCCAACAAGCUGGACACCUUCUGCGGCUCGCCGCCGUACGCCGCGCCCGAACUCUUCCAGGGCAAAAAAUACGACGGGCCCGAGGUGGACGUCUGGAGCCUGGGCGUCAUCCUCUACACGCUCGUCAGCGGCUCGCUGCCCUUCGACGGGCAGAACCUGAAGGAGCUCCGCGAGCGCGUCCUGCGAGGGAAGUACCGCAUCCCCUUCUACAUGUCCACCGACUGCGAGAACCUCCUCAAGCGCUUCCUGGUGCUCAACGCGGCCAAACGCGGGACUCUCGAGCAAAUCAUGAAGGAUCGAUGGAUCAAUGCCGGAUUCGAAGAUGACGAGCUGAAGCCUUACGUGGAGCCCGAGCUGGACAUCACUGAUCAGAAGAGAAUAGACGUGAUGGUGGGCAUGGGCUACAACCUGGAUGAGAUCCAGGAGUCUCUGGCCAAGAUGAAGUACGACGAGAUCACCGCCACCUACCUGCUGCUGGGCAGGAAGGCCUCCGAGUCGGAGCCCGGCGAGUCGGCGUCCAGCAGCAACCUGUCGCUGGCCAAGCCCAGACCCAACAGCGAGCUCAACGGCCAGUCGCCCUCGCACCUCAAAGUCCAGCGCAGCGUGUCGUCCAACCACAAGCAGCGACGCUACAGCGAGCAAGCCGGCCAGAACGCAAGCGCGGGCGCGGCCCACCCCAAGCGCAGCCAGACGGCCGCCGUCGACAACGGGAAGGACGACGGCGGGGUCCAUCUGCGCAAAUCGGGAGCCCCCGGGAGCCGCGGCGCCGCGCCGCCCGCCAGCCCCCUGCUGGGCAACGCCAACAACCCCAACAAGGCCGACAUCCCCGAUCGCAGGAAAGCCGGCGGCGCCGCCGCCACGCAGGCCAACGUCACGGCGUCGGCGGGGAUGACCCGCCGCAACACGUACGUGUGCAGCGACCGCAACAACGCCGACCGGCUCUCCGUCAUUCCCAACGGCAAGGAGAACAGCGUGACGGUGUCCCCGGGCGGCCAGCGCAACCCGGUGGCGUCCACCCACAGCGUGGCCAACGCGGCCACCCCCGAGCGCCUGCGCUUCCCCCGCGGCACGGCCAGCCGCAGCACCUUCCACGGCAACCAGCUGCGCGACCGGCGCACCGCCACCUACAACGGUCCGCCCGCCUCGCCCACCCUCUCGCACGACGCCUCGCCGCUCUCGCAGGCGCGCAGCCGCGCCACCAGCAACCUCUUCUCCAAGCUCACCUCAAAGCUCACGCGCAGAAACAUGUCGUUCAGGUUUACCAAAAGAGUCUCCACAGAGUUUGAGAGAAACGGGAGACUGGAGGGCUCAAGCCGCCACGUGCCCGUCGUGGAGGCCAAGGGCGAGGGCAAGGACGGCAAGCCGCGCUCGCUGCGCUUCACGUGGAGCAUGAGGACCACCAGCUCCAUGGAGCCGGCCGACAUCAUGCGGGAGAUCCGCAAAGUGCUGGACGCCAACAACUGCGACUACGAGCAGCAGGAGAGCUUCCUGCUGCUCUGCGUGCACGGCGACGGGCGGGCCGAGAACCUGGUCCAGUGGGAGAUGGAGGUGUGCAAGCUGCCGCGCCUCUCGCUCAACGGCGUGCGCUUCAAGAGGAUCACGGGCUCGUCCAUGGCCUUCAAGAACAUUGCCUCCAAGGUGGCCAACGAGCUCAAGCUAUGAGGGGGGCCCCCGCCCCCCGCCAGGCGCCGGCCAGGCCGUACAAUCUCCCGCGUAGCAACUUUCCACGGCUCCCCUUUUGUAUGAUGCAAAACAAGACCGGGGGAAGUAUGUAAUGAGUCCUAAUCAUGUACCUUUUUGUUUUCAAUAAUAUCACUCGACCGCCGACGACUUGCUCCUUCUGGCCACACGGGGGCGACAUAGUCGAUUUGUGUCCUGCUGUGAACUGUGGACGCAAAAAGAAGAAUUUCUAGUCUUAUUUAUUUUUUUCGUUUCUUUCCCCCCCGUCCCACUCCCGAAAAAGAUUAAAAUCACCACGUAGCUUUUUUUCUUGUUGUUGUUUUCCGUGUAAAUAAUACCUUGCACCGACAAUGCUCUUCGGGUUUUGUUUUUUUCAUUUUGCCUUUGGGGUGGAAACGUUACCAAAAAAACAAAUAA